CGCUACAGGUCAACCACAAAACAUACUCUAUUCCUAUCUUCAUACCAACUUCGUAAGGAUUUUCGAGCUCAAAGUUUUAAAGAAAACUAUCUGCUCACUCCGUCUCCGCAAGGUGACUUGUGUGUGGCGAAGUUAUUCCCCCCUCGCCCGCCUGCAACUGGGAAACCGAAUGCGUCAGAUCCCGGGCACGGUUCCUCUGCAUCGCGUGUUGUUCGUUGUGAAGCGUCAAGGAACCUGAAAUGGACCAUUGCCAACACCGGGGUCAUGUCGCCCAUCUACAAGCUGUCACUGCCAUCUCCGGAUUCUGCUGACCUACCUUUAUUCCAAAUCUCCAAGCCAAACCCAAACGCUACCCACUGGAGUAUGUUCUACUUUGCCUAUGCCGGACAUCUCAUUCCCCCCAAACGUAUCGAGUUUGGCAAAAUCCAAAAGAAUCCCGCGACCUCCGGUGGAGGCACUAGGAUAUCUAUCACCGGAAAGUCACCAGAAGAGAAAGCUGUAUGGCAAACCCUGGGUGAAGGCAACGAGGACUGCGUAGAAUGGGUUGUAUUGUGCGCGGCCCUGAACCUAUUAGAUGACGAAAUUCUGAAAGCAGCUGAGAAGAAUGGAACUCCUGUUGGUGGACCAACUCCUGCUGCAAGCACUCCUACAGGAGGCAGUGGUCGAGGUGGGCCACCACCCAUGCCAAGCGGCCCUAAUGGCCCAGGCGGACCAAUCCCAUUAAGAGACAACGGCCCUGUUCCGCCAAGUCUCCGAGCUGGUGGGCCCCCUCCUCAGCAACGACUACAAAGACCCCCUCCGAAUCAAAUGCAAUCAUUCCCUCCCCCAGGCGGGCGCGGAUUCCCACCAAACGGAAUGCCAGGAGGGCCACCCGGCAACAUGCCGAUGGGAAGACCUCCGAUGGAUCCCCGAGGCCCACCGAUGGAUCCCAGAGGUCCCCCCAUGGACCCACGACUUGCUGGUAAUCCUUAUGGUGGGCCGCCACCCCAAGGGAAUCAUGGGCCUCAACAAGGGUUUGGCCAUGGACCACAAGCCAAUCCUCUUUACCAACCCGGUGGGAACCCCAACCAAAUGCCACCAAGAGGAAGGAUCUAA